AGCUCAUUGCUGGUAGAGGUGGGAGUAAAUAUGUCAAUGGGAGAAACGUUGAUGUCAGUGUUGUCAAAAGGUUGAGGUUUAAUCACAAAACUAUGUGAUAUGCGAUGGAAUAAAUGAUACUAGUGUAAAGUAAUCAGUGUGCAUUCCGGGAACGUAGAAUAUGUUUUAUGGCUGGUGGUAUUCGUGAAAGUUAGAUACCUGUAGAGUGCGAAAAUGGCUUCUGGUGAUAAUAUUGAAACUAUAGAAGUAGACGAGACCUCCUUCACCACCAGCAACGCUAAAGAUGUAUUAAAUAAUGAGUCGAACGCUGAGAACGAAGAUAAUCGGAUACCCAACAUCCAGGGCCUCCUCAAAGUGGGACAAGAUGGUAUGCAGAAUAUUCCAAAAACUCCAACGACCACGAUGCCGAGAACGAAGGCAGAACGCGAGAGGGAUCGAGAGAGGAAGAUCGGCCAUCGGCGAGUUGGUGUCGGUGGCGAAAUCACUUACAAGAAGAUCCAAACCACUCAAAUCAUGGGCUCCAUUCAACUCGGAAUCCAACAUGCUGUCGGUGGUUUGGCUUCAAAGCCGGAACGCGAUCUUCUGAUGCAGGAUUUCAUGACCGUGGAAACUACGAACUUUCCGACAGACGGUUCGAACCACACCCCGGCCCACCACUACUCCGAGUUCAAGUUCAAGAACUACGCCCCGAUUGCGUUUAGAUAUUUCAGGGAUCUUUUCGGCAUCCAACCCGAUGACUUUCUGAUGUCCAUGUGCAGUUCGCCGCUGCGGGAGCUGUCGAAUCCCGGUGCUAGCGGAUCAAUCUUCUACCUCACCGACGACGACGAGUUCAUCAUCAAAACAGUUCAACACAAAGAAGGAGAGUUUUUGCAAAAGCUCUUGGCUGGUUAUUACAUGAAUUUAAAUCAAAAUCCUAGGACAUUAUUGCCAAAAUUCUUUGGAUUGUAUUGUUAUCAAUGUAAUAGUAAAAACGUAAGACUGGUUGUUAUGAACAAUCUGUUGCCCAGUUUCGUCACUUUGCAUAUGAAAUACGAUCUGAAGGGGAGUACGUACAAGCGAAAGGCUUCCAAAGCUGAAAGGCAGAAGCGUUCGCCUACGUACAAAGAUUUAGAUUUCAUGGAGCACCAUCCGGAUGGCAUUCUGAUGGAAGCGGACACGUACUCCGCAUUGGUAAAGACCAUCCAACGGGAUUGCCGUGUGCUGGAGAGCUUCAAGAUCAUGGAUUACAGCUUGCUCGUCGGCGUGCAUAAUCUGGACCAAGCCCAGAAGGAGAAAGCCGAGAAAAGGUCUCAGGAUAAUCUGGACGAAGUGCCGGAGGAGGAUGGCGAUGCCGGAAGUGAUCCGAACUCCGCCAUCUUGCAUAAUGAGAGGGAGCGCGAGCGGGAGGACAGGAUCGGGGCGGCUGCCCUGAACCGAAGCAGAUCGAUCAACAGGCAAAGGCUUGUCGCCCAUUCCACGGCGAUGGAAAGUAUACAGGCCGAAUCCGAGCCCAUCGACGAGGAAGACGAUGUGCCACACGGCGGAAUUCCGGCGCGCAAUUCCAAAGGAGAGCGACUUCUUCUCUACAUCGGCAUCAUCGAUAUCUUGCAGAGCUACAGGUUGAGAAAAAAACUGGAGCAUUCGUGGAAAUCGCUCAUACAUGAUGGCGAUACUGUCUCUGUGCACCGGCCAAGCUUUUACGCUCAACGGUUCCAGACUUUCAUGGCCGAUAAGGUGUUCAAGAAGAUUACAUCACUGGAUUUGCCCGAAGUUAAAGGCAACCAUCGCAAAUUCCGCACAUUGGUUACAAGCUACAUAGCACUAAAGCAUUCGCCGUCAAAGAGAAAAUCUCUUUCCAGGCCAUUCAGGGCUUUGGAAGAAAUGGACAACAACAGUAUUGGACUAGCUUCUACGCAAGUAUUCAGUAGUCAACAGAAUGGAAGCAAAACUGCAAGUCCCACUGAGACAUUACCAUUGAAACUGUCACCGCCCCCGAACCAAACCCCAACUGUUGUCCCAUCCGCAACAAUCACCUCUCCUCCUGCCGCCUAUCCAGCCGUCUUGGUUGGCAGGCAUACGGCAGAGAGCAAACCCAAAAUCCCGCCCCCAGUUCCACCUAGGGGCACACCGAAAAUCAAACGGGGCGGCAUAAAUGGCAAAGGUUCUAUUAUUUAUUGGGAUGUUCCGAUGGGCUCCUAUCGCAGAACACGUGUAGUUCCGAGCUGCUGCAGCACACCUCCACCCACAUUCGAGGAGGUCCUGGAGCAGAGGGCAGCCGCCCCACACGAGUCUGUCACUCCGGCAAGGAUCAGGACCGCAUCGCAUACGUCCCAUCACGUAAGCAUGGUUAAAAGCUACAGGGAGGAUACCGUCAGCAUAACUGAUAUACGUUUGGAGUCUCGGGCCGAGAACAAAUCAUCUCUGAGCGUGGAGUCUGGCAGUUCCGGCGCCGGCCACUCGAGUCAUUCGCGAGGGCUUGCGUGGACGCCUCCUGCUUCCGUCGAGGGUUCCACACCCACAUGGACUGAAGGCACACCCUCUUUCACGGAAUCGUCGAGUAGCGGCGACAUGGCGUCCAAAAAGGUAAUUAAAUUCGUGCUCAGGAACGAGGUAGGUGGUAGAAGUAAAUACGAGGAUGCAUGAGUUGAUUACUCGUUUAUUUAACGAUCAAUUAAAGAGAGAAAGCAACAAAAAAAAACGUCAAAAAUCAUUUUUUGCUAUUGUGUUGUUGUUGUUUUUUUUAUAUAUAUAUAAUUUUAUUUAUACAAGAGAUUCUGUACGUUGUGUGUGAGAAAGUGAAUUUAGUCUAAUUUAUUAUGUAAUAUAUUUAUGUAUAAUACAAAAGAGGAAAAUUGUCGAAAGAGAAAAGGUAAUAGCAGAUUUUUGACCAAUGUAUUUGUAUUGAUGGUGUUCAUAAAUGAGUUUUUUUGUUGUCAUUUUUUUUUUAAUUAUUUUAAUGUGAUUGUAAAUGAAGACCGGGGUUCCGCCGAUGAUUUGAUGAAGACGCCAAGAAACACGUUUAGAAAGAUACCCCAAGAUGAUUCAAUAAGCCAAAGAUGAUUAACUACUAUUUUUCUUUUUUUUAUAUAUAUAUUAUUUCCUUACAAGCCGAAUAAUAAUUGCAUCUGCUUGCUUCAAUAUAUUGUAUAGCUUAUUGUGAAAAAGAAAAGAAACUAAAACUAUAGUCGAUGUGUGCAUUAUGUAAUAUAUAAUAUAAUAAUAAAUGUCGAUGGUGCGCAAGUUGCAAUAGUAUGUAGCCGAUUCGCUGAACAAUUAUAUCUGGCGGAUGCAAAGCAAACCUGAUAUUCCACUGCAAUGGCCUACAUGUAUAUUAUUUCUAUUUAUUUCUAGCCAAAUAGAUUAUUAAUAAUAACUAUAACUGUAUUCUACAUGAUGGGAAGAGUGAUUGUAAAUUAUGUUCAGAUGACAUUUAUUAUGUAGAGGACAUAUAUUUAGCAGUCCGAAUUGUUUAGUCAUCACUGUGUACUUCAUUUAUUAUUUGAUCAUCAGAUAGUAAUAUUAAUAAUAAUAACUGUAAGUACUUAUUGUGCCACAUGUAUUAAUAACAGACAGGAGACUUGAUGCAAAACACAACACACAGUGUAUAUAUAUAUAUAAUAUGAAAUACGCCUUGUUCUCUUUCUUUGUUUCUUUUUCUCGUGAAAAAUGCAGGCAUUUUUUAAUUUUUUUUUUUUGCCCAGUCAAAUCGUUUCUCAAUCUUGUCUUAUACUCUUUUUACUCUACAUAUA